GGUUUGCUUGAUUUCGCGCGAAAAUUGUUUUCUUCUUCAUGUGACGCUCGUUAACUUCCGGAUGAGUUUGUUUGUGUUGUAGCUUCGCAUCGGGUCGGCACACGGACGAAAUGGCCCAGGUUCGGCUCACCGAGUUCUUCUCUCAGCGGAAGAAAGGCGCUUCCGGACCGAAGAAACCCGCAGGUCCGCCGUCCUCCCCGGUUCACCGGGAGUUCGUGCGGGUCAUCGCUGAAGCGGCCGGGCGUGAGGACCGGACCGCGAACGCCGCAAAGGCUGCGUCCAGCCCGCAGACCCCGAAGCGGCCCUCCGGGCUGAGCCCGGAGCGGGGGUCCGCUGCGGCGGAGCACAGUUCGGCCAAGAGGACGCGGAGGGUCCAGGCUGGCGGGGGGGAGCCCGCGCCGGACACGCGGGCGCGCAGGGGCGCGCGGAAGAAGCUGGUCCUGCCCGAUGAUGAUACGAGACGGUCCAAAAACCCCUUUGGUGGGGCUCAAGCACAGGUUCUGUGUAAGGAGGACCUUGCUGCUCUAAAGUGUCGCCUUCAAAAGAUCAAGAAGCAGGUGGAGGCUGUCCCUCCUGCCGCCUCCUCUUCGGUGACUCCUGCAGAUGUCCACAAUCUCCAGGCCAGGCUGGUUCUGGCCAAACAGCUGUCUGCAAAGGUCCAGAAGAGUGCAGAGUCAGAGGAGAAACCAGGAGAUGCACUCACACAGGACAGCGCCGAGCGGCCAGCGUACCAGCGGUACCACACGCUCGCCCAGGACAUCCCACCAGGCUUGGUUCUACCGCUCCACUUUAGACUUCUGGCCGAGAUGUUCCGCAGCAUGGACACUGUGGUCGCCAUGCUCUACAACCGCUGUGAGACCGCCACCUUCGCCAAGGUCCAGCAGGGGGUCCAGGACAUGACCCACAGGCGCUUUGAGCAGAACCAUGUGGCCCAGAUCCGGACAGUCUUCCCUGAGGCUUACGCCCUGAAGCAAGAGAAGAACAUUCCCACCUUCAGCAGUGGCAUCAAGAAGGGCGAGUACCAGCUCACUGUGGAGCCCAUCAUUGUCUCAGACCACAGCCAGGCCCGGCCUGUUCUGUCCGCCUCCCUUCUGCUGGAGAGAAGGCGUGUCUUCCACCAGAACCUGAUCUCCCUCGUGAAGCAGCACCAUCAGGAGUUUUUGUCUUCAUUGGUUCCGCCUGUUUCGGUUCCGGAAGACAGGCUGACCCGCUGGCAUCCCCGCUUUAACGUGGAUUUAGUUCCUGCGGUGCCGGUGAGCCCGUUACCUGAACCGCCUCACAGGGAGACCCUGUCUACAGCCCAGGAGGUACUGGACCGGGCCCGCUUGCUUAUCAAUCCCAAGAUGGAGAAGGCGUUGAUUUCUGCAGCUCAGCAAGUCCAGCCCCGACCUGCUCAGGGUUCUGUGUGUGCCCAGAAGGCAGCAGAACCUGUAGCCCCAGUUCCAGGCUCUUUGAAGGGGGUGUCCCAGUCCUUGCUGGAUCGGAUUCGGGCCAAAGAGGCCCAGAAGCUGCAGGCGGUCAUGACCCGGGACCCGGCCCAUGAAGAGCGCCUGCUGAUGAUGUCCCGGCUGGUGGAUCUGGCCCGGAUCCUGCGCGGCAUCUUCGUGGCUGAGAAGAAGGCGGCUUUGACAAUGGCGGCGGCGUGCAGCCGCAUGGUUGCGAGCUACGCCUCUGCCCUCACUACAGGCGACAUGGAAAAACACGUCCGGCUACUGGCGGAGCUCGCAGCUGAUUGGCUGACCCUUCAUCCAAUCAGGAAGGACGUGUACCUGAAGAUGGACAGGAAGGUGGAGCUGGCCGUGGUGCUGGACAAGCUGAGCCGCCGCCUCCGGGAGGAGGAGCAGGUGUGACGGCAGACGAAGAAGAACCUGCUGCAGCUGCAGAGUGAAAACAAACAAACCCGCCCUGAUGAGAAGUCUGCAUCCUCUGGGGCGAUGAAGGCCAAGAUUCUGUUAGAAACUAGACUCUGACCAUGCAGACUUUCUGACUACUCUGCUGUUCGAAUGAUGUUUUCUGGACCAGAGCGUACCCGACCGCAGCGGCAGAACCGCCCGGCUGAGCAGCUCCCUGGAGGAUCCAGGUGUGCAGUAUUCAGGGGUUUAGCCCAAGCAGGCUCGUAUUAUGAAAGCCUCGUUAUCAUUUGCAACACGGAAAGGUUGUCAAAUAAAAUUAGAUUUUUUUUAAUUAAAAUAUUGAAUGCUGAAAA